GCAACAGAAAAGGAACACCAAUGUGAGAGAGGAGCAUGGAUACGCGGCAGAUAAAAAGGUUGCAGAUUCUCUGGAGUCGCCUGGGCGGGGGCGGCUCGCCGUGAAACCCUCGAAGCAGAUGGCCACUGGCCGGCAGGAGUAGGACGGACGGGCCCAUUAUUCAUCCUUGGCGAUGUUCUCGUCACAAAUUUGCAGCCACAAAUUCGCCAUAAAUAUAAAAUCAGCAAGCACUACUAGUCAAAGAUCGCCGUAGAAAAUAUUCGUCGCUGAAAAAUCGCGAGUGCUGUUCAGUUCAAAACCAUUGGUCUGAAUGGCAUGCUUGAUGGAGUACAAGUCGUCGCGUCCAUCCACCGCGGAUCGCGACCACCGAUCGGAACCGGAGAAUACUGCACCUCCCGGCAAAAUUAAGAAGAAGAAUAUUGCACCCCCGACCCCGAGUCCACGGCGACAGCACCGCGCGACACGCCGGCUCGAUCCAGUCACGCCCAGUUGCCCAUCAGUUCACGGCCAGCUUCCGCCCGUGCCCCACCGGCCGGAGUCAUUUUUCCAAGCAUAAAAGGGACGGCCAGCCGGCCGGGGACUUUGAAUUUUUAAAACCACGCUCCCCUUCUCGCAGCUCACUCACUCCCUCCCCGGCCGAUCGCUCUCUCGCCGCCACUUGCCCCGAUAUUUCCUCGCCCUCUCCUUCCACCGAUCGCCAAGCUGCACCACAAGCUGGCCGGCCGGCAGCGCGCUCGGUCUCCCAUGCGCUGCCUUUGACCGCCUCCUCGACCAGCUCCACGAGUCCGCGCCCCGCACAUGGCGUGAGAGCGUGGGCUAGCUGAUAAAGUCCAAGCUCGUGCAGGUCGAGGCUUGCGUGCGUGCGUGCGUGCAGGGUUCGCGGGGGAGAAGAAGGGAACCGAUGGCCGCGCAGGAGGGCGCCGCGGGGACGACGAACCAGGCGGCGAGGGUGCGGUACGGCGACGUGGACGACAGCAACUUCGCGCUGCGCGGCCGCGCCGUGCCGCUGCUGGCCGGCCUGCUCGCCCUCCUCGUCGCCUUCGUCGCCGUCUGCCUCUACCUCCGCUGGUCGUGCGGCCGGCGCCGCGCCCGCCGCGACCACGAGGCCUCGUCCUCGUCCGCGGCGGCCUCGCCCGUGCCGGGACUCGACGCCGACGCCAUCAAUGGGCUGCCCGUCACGCUCUACAGCCCGCCCGCCUCCUCGCCGGCGCGCUCCACUGCCGCCAAGAAGGGCGGCGACGGUGGCGAGGAGGAGCGGCGGCGGCAGGAGGCGGCGGCGGCCGUGGAGUGCUCGAUAUGCAUCAGCGCGCUGGUGGCCGGGGAGAAGGUGAAGGCGCUCCCUCCCUGCGGCCACUGCUUCCACCCUGAGUGCGUCGACGCCUGGCUCCGCUCCCAGCCCAGCUGCCCGCUCUGCCGCACCCUCCUCCUCCCCGCCGCCGUCGUCGCCAACGGCGGGGAACCCCCGGUGUGAUGCGCGCGCGAGCCAGGAGACAACGUGCAUACUCGAUCGCACGCCAACUCACCCAAGCAUGACAAGCAGGCCCCACCUGUAAGCCAAAGUAUUUGCUGCCUUGACCGCAAGAAAGCCCGUCCCUGUUUAACGGCCAAUGUGGCUACCUGGCCCCGGCGAGGCGCGCCAUCGCCGGCCGGAAAGGCACGCGCGGCUGCCUUUGCAUGGCAGGCCGGCCGGCGUGGGGUCUCCGGUCACCACGCCGGACACUUUUCUAGCGUAAAGUUUGCGUUCAAGCCUCCAAAGGAAAGGACGGCUAGCGGUGUAUGCUGUACAUUAAAUCAUCUCUUUCAUCAGUAUUGUAUAUAGUGUUGUCACUUCGUACGCCGUGGUAGCUCAUCAGUGGUGCGCGAGCUAAUGGAAUCUCCGGAGCUCUUGUUUAACGGAACAGCACUGACACGGCAGUGCAGCUCACCUUUAAUUAAACCUCGAAAGAUCUCUCUGUUUGUCACCA